AUGUUGUGGAAGGCAUUCCUGAUUGUGGCGCUCACUGGGCUGGGGAUUCGUGAUUGCAGCUUCAGGUUUACAGACAUCGACAAGAAUGAUAAGGAAUUUGUUGCUUCUGUGGAGCAUAUUGUGUUCCACUUCAAUGAAAACCAGGAUGAUGUGUUUGCCUACAAGUUCCUGAGAGUCCGGAGAAGCCAGCGUGAGAGGUUUGAUUUUGUAUAUUUAGUAGACCUGGAGAUGGGCCGUACGGUUUGUAGGAAAGACGAUGAAGACAUUGACAAUUGCCCAUUGCAUGAAGGCGAAAGAGAGAAAAAGGUACGAUGCACUUAUAUUUUGGAGACUGAAAUAUGGAUAACUCGGUUCAACAUCUUGAACAGCACCUGUGUGCAGACAUAAGUGGAGCAGGGGUUUCUGUGUAUCUGCAGCUAAAGUCCCCUCUCCUCUAGAGGGUGGCUGUAUGUAUUCUAGGAUUUAUUUAGUACCAGCACAAUUAAAGUCAUUU